GAACAUCACGACAGCAGCUUUUUGCGCGUUUCCGCCUUGUGGUUUGGGGCCUCCUCUUAAUUCCUGACUUUGAGGACCACUCAAUAUCUGAUAUUCUUCUGUCCUCGACGUCAAUUUCUUCUACUACACAAGUUGAGACGUCAAGAAGUACAAGAAAGAGGGCAACAAACUACACGCCAACAACAUUUUUUGUGCAUGCAGCAGCAGCGCCAGGUGGACGUAUGGUUGUGCGCGCAUUAGCUGCACCAGGAUCGUUCGCUAGUACUGCGCGGACGCGUUCACGCAAAGGGUUUAAAGACCACCUUGAAGUACCAGAUCCGUCACCUAGUUCUGACAUUAAUACCUCGUCUAGCUCAUCAGCUCCAGCCUCUAGGGACUUAGCUGAACGAGAUGCAGGUCCAACGUCACCGCAUGUUGUACUAGAACAACUUAAAAAUGAGGCUUCGCCUAAUCCAUCUUCGGAAGCAUUCCCAAGAGGAUUUCCAAGCUUUCCUCUUCGCAGGAUUUCCAAGCUUCCCAUUGCAGUGCGAAGAUCCAGCACAGCUGCUUCCUCUUCAACUGGCGUCAUGUUAAGGCUGCGUUUUCCGUACGUUUUUCUUUUUAUUCGAUUUUUCUAGUAGUAACUUUCUAUUUACACCUGGAGAAACGAAUUCUGAGAAAUCGAAACGAAUUCCGAAGAACUCUAAUCCGCGCAGCUUUACCUCCCGAACAAGAGGGAUUUUUGGCUAUAAAUCGAACACCACACGACCUUGAGCAAGAUCCACGACUUCUAGAUGAAGUGCGGACUCUAGAAAAUCCCGAAGUAGCGCUGCUGGUAGAUGAGCAGGGGAGUCAGAUACGUCUUCAGGGAGAAGCAGAUACCCUCGAGGACAUUUUAUUUUUACGACAUGAUCAGCUACGUCUUCAGGGAGAAGCAGAUAGUUUCCAAUCCCAGGAUCAGGACAUAAACGUGCAGGGAGGAGACUUUUCAGCAGUAGAGCUAGUACAGAGAAGUGGUGACGAUGACGAUAUGAUGAAAGGAGAUGACAGGGCAGCUUGGUUGGAAGUGGAACUGGAUAGAGUAGUACCAAAAGUACAUGUUGAUGGUCAUAGUACUCGUUCUUUCCCGACUUCUAGGACGGGAGAUGAUUCUGCGAAAGUGUUGACAGAAAAGUCUGGUGAGGUUUCCCCUACAGUAGUGCCAAACUGCAAGAAGGCAAGGACCUCGUUGAUUCAUCCAACGUCUUCUUUUAUCACAGAUAUUCCAGCUUCUUCUACAUCACCUACGCCACUCCUGAUGCGAGCUCUUCAUCUAAGGGGACAACAAGAAAAAUCAGUUAGCAACUUUUACACUGUCCAUGAGGAACCGAUGACGACACCGGGACCACCCUAUAUUCCGACAACUACGUCAAUUAAGGGUAGGUUAAAGGUGCUUUUCUUACCGCUUUUUAUGCCUCUCUCCCUUAGGAUGAGAAAGGCACAAAAAGCGGGGUAAGCGAGCACCAAAAACCUACCUCUAAGUCAACACUUCUCGGAUCAACAGACUUCCUACACGAUCUUCCAGGACAGGAUCUUCAUAGAGGAGGAAUAGAUGGUGAAAAUUCAAGUGAAGGACCAUCUAGCCUAUUAUCUCUUCCUGGUUCUGAGGUACCACCAGAAAGUCGAAGGGCGGUUUUAAGAGGACCUGGAAGCAUUUUUGAACCUCCUCGUCAUGAUCCUUUUGCUUCAUCGCGUGCCUCUGGUGCUUCCUCUGCUCUUUCUACCACCGGGCCAACAGCGGCACUAGCUGCAUCAAGUUUGCAUACUAGAUCUCAUCCAGAACUACCGCCUAAGAGAAUUCCAGGAACUUCAACACAACAACUAAGAGGUGCUCCAGAACCUCAUUGGCGUGGCCCAGAUAGGCCACUUGAAGAUCCUUGGGGCCCACCGCGACGAGGACCAGAAGGUAGCAGUGGCAGUGGUACAAGAACUGGCGCUAGCAGAAGCAGUACAGAACAGCAACAAGAUCAUCACCAUCAGCCGACAGUACGACCGCCAAGAAGAGGAGUAGAAGAGGGUGCUUGGCUGAGGGAGUAUUAUGACAAUAUCGAUAAUCGUGAAAAUGCCAUUCUCAAAAGGAGACGCCUCACCUUAUCGAGUAUUGACACAGGCCGUGGGGCUGAGGACCAACAGCUUGAUGGUUAGGAUAAAAAAGAUCGUGAAAGUUUUGCUCUCCUUCGUAGGAAAAGGCUAGGAUUGUCGUGAUUAAGAUUCUUUAAGUGCAGUUUUGAUUAUAGAACCAUAAGUUACCUUCACCUUCUUAAUAGCCUAUCUCUAUGGAGAUUCAGACUGUUGUUUGCUUAAGUACUAAAAUAGUUGUACCACGAAUAUUUCUUCAUGGAACCAGAUUCCAUACAGCUACCUAUAUGGUCAAUACUCAUGUUCUUCAUGUUACAAUUUACUAGAAAAAUUGCGUUGAAUAUUUUCUUGUUCUUAGCUUUGCUCUACUACUAGCAUUGAUAUGCUCUCGUAUGAAGGUCAUCACUAGCAUUGUUUCAAAAGAAUCUUCUCUCUUUCUUGCGUGGCCUGUACAAUAUUUGUGCCAAGCAAACACAACCGAGCUAGUUUGUUUCAAUGGUUCUUGGGAGUCGGUCAGCCCAUGAUCAAGAACAGCAAAAAGACGUUUUUCACAACUAAUUGUAGGACUGUACUUUUCGUUCAGCUGUUGAUAUUGGACAGUUUUAUCCUGCUCAUUCACCUGCCAACAAUGACCUCACUUACUCCAGCCACUGUUGUAAUGAAGAUGAAAGUCAGAGGCACGAUGCGCCGCGUCAUUCGGUAGUCGUCGUAAUAUAGUCCAAAACUUGCUAUUGCUAUUGCUAGUGUCACCUCACACCAUUCGUGAGACGAACGAAGUUUUUCGUUUACGAGGGACUUCUAACUCUAUGUAGGUGAAAGCAUUCCUGAGACGAACGAAGUAUUUCGUUUACGAGGGGCUUCUAGGUGAAAGAGCAACUCUUACUACUAGAAGCAUCAGGUCAGAAGUAGAAGUAUAGGGUACCUAGUACAUGACGACACCCCUUAACUUUCUUAUUUCGUUUGGUUAGUGCAAGUAUGGAUCGCAUAUUCUUGGUCUACUUAUAAAGAUCCAUCUAGUUGUACUUGUUUUUGAUCUUAGUACUAGUUGCUUCGAACAAUAUUGUUGGUUCAAUUAUAUGUCUUUCGUCUUGAACAUGAUAAUGAUAAUGAUAGCGACGUUUUCUCUCAUCCACCACGACUAACGUUUAUUUGGCAAGGCAAAUCGUAGACGACUGACAUCACUAGUGCUAGCAUGUUGGGUACCGUGUGAAUUAUUCUAAACUUCUUCUAUUGCCUGGUCGGUGAUUAGGCUACAGAAUGGUCAGCUUCUAAAAUAAUUGUGUAGAAGAAAGUACCCGGAAGUUGAGUCCUUCCUUUGCUUUUAGUUUGAAGAAUUCAGUCACUUAAGUAUCUUCCAGCAAGCGAUUUCCAGAGACAAAUGAGGAUGUCAACCUCUGCAUAUAAACAAUAAAAACCGAUCAUUUAUUCAAGGAUCAUGAUCAUGUUUUUCUGAUCUUGUGACGAAGAUUUCUCCCGUGUACAUUAUUCUUUCGUUUGCUG